UUUUUAGUGACGAUGUUGGUUACUUCAUCUUCUUCUUCAUCUUCCUCAUCCUCUUCAGCCUUUUCAUCUUCUUUAUCUUCCUCAUCUUCUUCCUCUUCCUCCUCCUCUUCCUCAUCUCCCUCCUCUUCACUCAUCUCAUCUUCAUUCCCUUCAUCUUCCUCCUCAUCCUCAUCUUCUUUAUCCUCUUCUUCCUCGUCCUCACCAAUCCCUUCCUUUUCAUCCUCGUCCUCUUCCUCUUCAUUAUCUUCCUUCUCAUCUUCAUCUUCUUCCUCUUCAUCCUCCUCUUCCUCAUACUCCCCUCCAUCUUCAUCCCCCUCUUCAUCUUUUUCACCCUCCCUAUGCUCCUCCUUCUCAUCCUCUUUCUCUUCCACUCUCCUCAUUUCCCCCUCCUCUUCCUCCUCUACCUCCCCCAUUCAAUUUUUUCUAAAUUCUCUUCAUUUUUAAUAAACAAAAUAUUUGUAGAAGAAGAAAACUUUUUCUUUAUUGGCCAAAACCGGUUAUUCUUCUUCUCAUCAAUUUUUUCAUUAAUAACGUUGUUGUUGUUGUCCUCUUGUUUUUUUGUAGUAAUUAAGUUUGAAUGAUUACUUCUUCGUCUUCUACUUAAUUUUAAUUUGUCUUCUUUAGUUAAGUUAACAAGAGUUAAUUUUGUUGUUGUUGUAGUCGUUGUUGUAGUUUUAUC